ACUUAUCUACGUCUGAUCAUGGCGAAUCCAGCAGCAUUCUGUACAGAUUACCUUUUAAUGUAUCAGAUAAUGUGGCCAACGCCGAGCUGCUCCUCUCGGUAGUGUAUCCCGAAUUUGGCGGACUUGAUUCCCAAGUGGGGUUCUUGUCCCGAUAUGAGAAAAAAUACAUGGAGCGGGGUGCCACAGAGAUACUGGGGGCGGAACGACAGAAGCUAAAAGGCUGCAGUCUUGCGGCCCACGAUCAUUGGACAAUUUUUUUUAUAAAAGGCCUCGGAAGAAUUGACCCUAGAUAAGGUGUAUUGGGUGCUGGGUGGCACGAUUGAUUAAGCCUUUGAAAAAAGUUGAGCCACCGUACGCAAUUUGAUCUGAAAGUUUGGAUCCAGCUUGUUUGACGGAUUUUGUCAUGCUACACGUUACACACGGCUGCAGUGACUACCGGGCAUGUGCCAUCCAUAUGUUCUGUUACUAUUUCCGCCAUCUAUACCUUUGCUUUCAUCGUAUUUUUAUCUUUUCUUCCUUCGUUUUUGGAUCUAUAGGCCUCGACGUUUGAUCCCGCGCUUUCAGUCGCAACCCGUUUUCCACAACCCUUCUCGAUCAUAAUAUGUAUUCUAGACGUUCCUCGUAUUAGAUUCGUCACAGAUCAACAUCGUCAUUCUCUUGAACCUUUAUAUCUUACGUUUCAUGCCUAUAGCGGAUGACUGUUGGAGCAAUCGGAUUUAUUACUUCUAGGGAAUAUUCCAAACAAAUCAGAAAAUUAUAUCAGUUAUACCUUUGUUAAGUUUGUCAGUGAGGUUGGACAAUCGCUGGGUAAUCGUGCAUGGUUGAUCAACAAUAAAUACUUAGCUUAUACGAUAAACUGGAGUCAUGUAUACAACAUCGACCAUAUAGAAGAUCUUCAUAUCACACAAGUCAAUCUCUUUAAAGGAACCUCGUCUUUCAUUGCAUGAUACACCAUAUAUCUUCCCAUCAUGGGUUGGGUGGAGAAGACGAAUAUGACCGUGGCGAAGAGCGCCGUUGGAAGACGAUUCAGACUGGAAUUUUCCGGGCACAGGUACGAGAGAAAAGGCUCUAGAUUUUUGACAGAAGUAAGAGCUGGUCUCGCCACGUUCUUUGCUAUGGCAUACAUCAUCUCAGUAAAUUCAUCAAUCGUAUCAGCUACCGGAGGAACAUGUGUAUGCGACUACCCUCCUGGAUCUACGGAUCCCUUCUGCUUAGAUAACUCAACGGAUCCCAGUUACCAGAUAUGUGUUCAGGAGAUCAACCAAGAUUUAGUCACAGGCACGGCAGCGAUAUCUGCACUGACGAGUUUUUGCAUGGGUGUUUUUGCAAAUAUGCCGAUAGCGCUAGCCCCCGGAAUGGGGUUAAAUGCAUAUUUUGCUUAUCAAGUUGUUGGAAUACAUGGACAAGGACCUGUCUCAUACAGACUAGCAUUGACAGCUGUAUUCAUCGAAGGAUUACUCUUUGUUGCGCUCUCGAUACUCGGGCUCAGACAAUGGCUUGCUCGCGCAAUACCUCGAAGCUUGAAGAUAGCCAGCGGUGCAGGCAUUGGACUUUAUCUCGCUCUCAUCGGACUCACUUACAGUGCGGGAAUCGGUGCUAUCACAGGCAGUAAUGCUGAUGUACCUCUUCAAGUAACUGGCUGUAUACCCGAGCUUAUUGCUCCAGAUGGAACUUGCACGUCUGGGAAAAUGCGAAGUCCGACAAUGUGGCUUGGCAUAUUCGGUGGGGGGAUGUUCACAGCGUUUCUCAUGAUGUACCGCGUCAAAGGUGCAGUCAUAGCCGGGAUUCUCCUCGUCUCUAUCGUUUCGUGGCCGCGCAAUACUUCCGUUACUUAUUUCCCUCCUACUGUUUCUGGCGAUGCGGCAUUCGAGUUCUUUAAGAAAAUCGUCACCUUUCAUCCCAUUUCUCGAGUGCUAGCUGUGCAAGAUUGGAAUAUCACUGGAGCCGGGGCUGGACAAUUCGCUUCCGCACUCAUCACUUUCCUUUACGUCGAUAUCCUUGAUUGCACCGGCACGUUAUAUUCGAUGGCUCGUUUCUGUGGAGCCAUCGACGAAGAUACGCAGGAUUUUGAAGGCAGCGCCGUAGCCUAUCUCGUUGACCGCCUUUGGCAUAUCUCUGGGUUUCCUUUGUGGGUAUACCUCCUUGGGCAACAGGCUUUUACUUUGAUACUCGUUGGAGCGAUGAUGGCACGCGCGUGCACGGAGAUCAAUUGGCGGUACCUUGGAGAUUCUAUUCCGGCUUUCUUGACGCUGGCAAUUAUGCCUUUUACGUAUUCGAUCGCUUACGGGCUCAUUACUGGAAUCGUUACAUAUACUUUACUUAAUACAUCGGCAUGGGUGUUGGCGAAAAUGUCAGGAGGAAGAAUUAUGCCACACGACUAUGAGUUGAAAGAUUACUGGACAUACAAAGUUCGGGGUGGCUUAUUGCCUGGUUGGGUACGCAGAGCCACACGGGGGAAGAGAGAUUUUUGGCGCGAGUGGGAUUUUAAUGCGGAGGUGGCGGAUAAAGUUGAGAGUGUGAGGGGACAUAAGACGAGAGGAAGUGUAGCGAAGAGUCAUAAGAGCUCGAAGAGUCAUGAUGUGCAUGGGAGGCAAAAGGAAAAUAGUGGAAUGCCCAGUGUGAAUAUGAAUGGGCAUGGAGAGCGAACGUGGGAGAUGCCCGAGAUGGCGUUUCCGAAAAAUGUUGCGGCAGGGAUUGGAGAAGCGAUCGGAGGAGAGGAGAGGAGGGAAAGUAUGAGGACUAUGAGUUCUGUUGGGAGGAGUCUGGGGAGGAGAUGA